CGGACCGGGGGAGCGGGGCGGACAGGGGCGGAGCCGGAGUCCGAGGCCGAGCUGGAGCCGGAGGCGACGGGCGGCGGCCGCACUCGGACUUGGGAAUCCUGCGCGCUGCCCGCGUUUCGUCCGUGAGGGGCCCGGAAAGCUUGUGCAAUGAAUGGUGAUACUCAGGCCGCAGUGGUGACCUCACCGCCCCCGACCACAGCCCCUCACAAAGAGAGGUACUUCGACAGGGUGGACGAGAACAACCCAGAAUACCUGCGAGAGAGGAACAUGGCGCCUGACCUUCGCCAGGACUUCAACAUGAUGGAGCAGAAGAAGAGGGUGUCCAUGAUUCUGCAGAGCCCCGCUUUCUGUGAAGAGCUGGAGUCAAUGAUACAGGAACAAUUUAAGAAGGGGAAGAACCCCACCGGCCUGCUGGCCUUGCAGCAGAUUGCCGAUUUUAUGACCACGACCGUUCCCAACGUCUACCCGGCAGCCCCGCAAGGAGGGCUGGCCGCCCUGAACAUGAGUCUUGGCAUGGUGACUCCUGUGAACGACCUGAGAGGGUCCGAUUCGAUCGCCUACGACAAAGGGGAGAAGUUGCUGCGCUGCAAACUGGCGGCACUUUACAGGCUGGCGGAUCUGUUUGGGUGGUCUCAGCUCAUCUACAACCACAUCACGACCAGAGUGAGCUCGGAGCAGGAACACUUCCUCAUUGUACCUUUUGGGCUGCUCUUCAGCGAGGUGACCGCAUCCAGCUUGGUGAAAAUAAACCUACAAGGAGAUAUCGUAGACCGUGGGAGCACUAAUCUAGGAGUAAAUCAGGCUGGCUUCACGUUACACUCUGCAAUUUAUGCCGCGCGCCCGGACGUGAGGUGUGUGGUGCACAUUCACACACCGGCAGGGGCCGCGGUCUCCGCGAUGAAAUGUGGCCUCCUGCCCAUCUCCCCAGAGGCCCUGUCCCUUGGAGAAGUGGGCUAUCAUGACUAUCAUGGGAUUUUGGUGGAUGAAGAGGAGAAGAUUCUAAUUCAGAAAAACUUGGGGCCCAAGAGCAAGGUUCUCAUUCUCCGGAACCACGGGCUGGUGUCGGUCGGGCAGAGCGUCGAGGAGGCCUUCUUCUACAUCCACAGCCUCGUGGUCGCGUGCGAGAUCCAGGUUCGAACUCUGGCCAGUGCAGGAGGGCCAGACAACCUAGUGCUCCUGGACCCUGGGAAGUACAAAGCCAAGUCCCGCUCCCCGGAGUCCCCCGCAGGGGAGAGCACCGGCGCCCCUCCUCAGUGGCUGGUCGGCGAGCAGGAGUUUGAAGCCCUCAUGCGGAUGCUCGAUAACCUGGGCUACAGGACCGGCUACCCGUACCGAUACCCGGCUCUGCGGGAGAAGUCGAAGAAGUACAGCGACGUGGAGCUCCCUGCUGCUGUCACAGGUCUCUCCUUUGCUAGUGACGGCGACGCGGGCACUUGCUCCCCGCUCAGACACAGUUUUCAGAAGCAGCAGCGAGAGAAGACAAGGCGGCCGAACUCUGGCCGGGGGGACGCUGCCUCCGAGGAAGGGCAGAGCGGAAGCAGCCCCAAGUCGAAGACUAAGGUGUGGACGAACAUUACACACGAUCACGUGAAACCUUUGCUGCAGUCUCUCUCGUCCGGUGUCUGCGUGCCAAGCUGUAUUACCAACUGCUUGUGGACUAAAGAGGAUGGACAUAGAACUUCCACCUCUGCCGUCCCUAACCUGUUUGUUCCGUUGAACACAAACCCGAAAGAGGUCCAGGAGAUGAGGAACAAGAUCCGAGAGCAGAACUUACAGGACAUUAAGACGGCCGGUCCCCAGUCCCAGGUUUUGUCUGGUGUAAUGAUGGACAGGAGCCUCGUCCAGGACGCACCCCUGUCCGACUGCACGGAGACAAUCGAAGGGCUCGAGCUCACAGAGCAGACCUUUAGUCCAGCUCAGUCUCUCUCUUUUAGAAAGGGGGAGCUGGUGACAGCCUCCAAGGCCAUCAUUGAGAAGGAGUACCAGCCCCAUGUCAUUGUGAGCACCACGGGCCCCAACCCCUUCACCACGCUCACCGACCAGGAGCUGGAGGAGUACCGCAGGGAGGUGGAGCGCAAGCACAAGGGCCCCUCAGAGCGCGCGGACGAGGCCGCAGAGCAGAGAGGCGGUAGCCCUCCGGAGCGCCCCGCCGCCGCCAGCACCCCUGUCAAGCUGGGCGAAGACCUGCCACGGGACCCCGCUUCAGGAGACGACGGCGAAGCCGCCACCUCUAAGCCGACUCUCCCUGACCUGUCCCCGGAUGAGCCUUCAGAAGCGCUUGGCUUCCCUGCGCUGGAGGAGGAGGAGGAGGAGGAGGAGGGGGAGGGGCUUGGCGAAGCCCGCGGCCCUCCAAGCCCCGCCAGGUCCUCCACGGUGGCCAGCCCCGAGCCGGCCCCAGCCCCAGCCCCGGCCCCGGGGGCUGAGGAGGCCUCCUCCCCCGCCGCCGAGGAGGGUGCCGCGGCCGACCCAGGCAGUGACGGGUCUCCAGGCAAGUCCCCCUCCAAAAAGAAGAAGAAGUUCCGCACCCCUUCCUUCCUGAAGAAGAGCAAGAAGAGGAGCGACUGCUGAAGGCCCGCCCGUCCAAACCGACUCUCUCUCGUGUUGUCUUCCCGGUAAUGGAAUGCUGAGCCCACCCCCAUGUAGCUAGAGACCCCCCACCCCGCCCGACCCAGCCCCUCGCGGACCGGUGCUAACCUCCUGUGCUCCAACGGGCCUCCCGCGGCGCCGGGGCUGCAGCCUCGGUCCGGGGAGGCUCCGUCCCGUGUCCCCCUCCGUGCUCACCUGGCUGCUCCUCCAGUCCCGCUCCCUGGGGGCAUCCAUCCGGUCAGGGCUCCGGCUGCACGGAGGCCCUGCAGCGCUGGCCCUGACCGCUCUCGCUCUCCUCCUGUUGUGAAGUGACCGCGCUCGGCCCUGCUAGGCUCCCCCCACCCCACGGUCUCAGGUGCCUGGCCCAGACGUCCCUGCUGGCCUCCCCUGCUCGGCGGCUCCCUUUGCUCACGUACACAGGGCCUCGGUGAGAGCCCCCUGUGCUUGCCCACGGCCCGGGGCGGCAGCGGCCUCAGGGAGGCGGGCGGGCUCAGCCGGACACCCAGCAGCAGGCGGGCCUGUGUGCGCCCGGCGCAGCCUACGCACGGCCUGACCGGUCCCCCGGCCAGAUCAGAUUCAGGGCUCAGUGUCUUACUGGGGCCUCUCGGCUCCCGUCACAGGGAGGGUGUGUAGUCGGGGAAGAGUCCUUUCCAGAAUUUUCUUUCAGCAGAUUUGCAGUUCAUCUUACGUUGCUAGCUGUGAGCACGAACGGUGACUUGUGUCCUUUCUCUUCGCCUGUCUGGGGGCGGUUCGGGACAGAGGGGGUCUGCUCCUGACCUCGUCCUAAGACAGACCUGGGGUUGGCCAAGGGCGGCUCAAGGCAGAAGCCGGCCCUGGGUGUCCCCGUAGCCGCCAGGCCCCCGUCGCUCCUGGAGCCCUAACUGGCCCUCCUCCACUUCUGUGAACUGUCCGUGAACUCCGCCCCCUGGAAAAGAGCGUAAAGCUCCCUCGUGGGAGCCAACGGGCGGCCACACGGGCUCCUCAAGGGGACCGAGUCCGGGAGCUGCCUGGUGCCAGCCUGCCCGCCCCCUCUUGUCCCAGAAGCCCCUCGGGGAAGCCCCAGAGGUGGGCUCAGUCCCACAGGUCUGACCCCCCGGCAGGGCCGAAGCGGGCUACAUGGCACCACCCACCACGCUGAGCUCCCCGGCGAGCACACUGCUUCCCCAUGUGCUGACGGUCGCCACCCGGGUGCAGCCUGCUCCCUGCUCCGCCCCGUCCUCGAGUCAGCCACGGACUCUUCCUCGGGCCCGCCCUCCAUCCCACACGUGUGGCGCCUUUAAUUUCCCUUGGUAGUUUACUCUAACUUUGUAUCACACACGGAGUGUAGUCGCACAUGCAGACACAGGCCCUGUGCCCUUUCUUCAUCGUGCCGCAUUUCUCUCACGAAUAAAGGUCUUUAACCUGUGCCCUGUC